UGUGCUCCCUCUAGUGGUGCAGAGUGGCAAUACAGUCUGUGAGCUGUGUGUAUACUGCAAUCUCUGGCUCCUGGUUGGCUGGAGCAGGCAGCAGUCUGCACAUACUUCUUUAUCCCAGCCUUGCUGAUCAGACCUGCUGCUGUAUCUUCUGCGUGAGCAGCUCCUUCUUCUUUCUGCCCUCUCCAACCCCCCUGCUCAUCAUGACAGUCAAGCAUCUAGAUCAGGGCCAGCAUUUCAGGCCAAGGAUGGCAUUCCUCAAAAAGAUUGAGGCUCUGCUGUUAGAGAUGCAGGAUGCUGAUACCGGUAUCAAGACCCACACACAGCGACUCAUGAUAACAACGAUCCCACAUGCUGUUACAGGUCAAGAUAUCCUGGAAUGGUUAAUACAGAGUCUGCAGAUUGCAGACGAAGAGGCCCAACACCUCGGAAACCUCAUGGUGAGCUGUGGAUACAUCUAUCCCUUGCAAGAGCCCACCAACCUGGUGCUGAAAGCUGACAGCAGCCUGUAUAGAUUUCAGACUCCAUAUUUCUGGCCAACGCAGCAGUGGCCAGCAGAAGACACAGACUAUGCAAUCUAUUUGGCAAAGAAAAACAUCAGGAAAAAGGGCAUAUUGGAAGAAUAUGAAAAGGAGAACUAUAGCACCCUGAAUAAGAAAAUCAACCACAAAUGGGAUUUCGUUGUCAUGCAGGCGAAGGAGCAAUACAAGGCCGGAAAAGAGAGGAAGAAAUCGGAUCGAGUGGUUUUGGACUGUCAGGAAAAAGCUUACUGGCUUGUUCACCGACCCCCUCCCGGAACGCUGGAUGUGUUGGACCAUGGACUCAAUCGGGCAACUGACCCCAAUGUUGUUAAGAAGAAGACGGUGGAUCACUACAGGAGACAUAUCAUGUAUUACCAGCAGUCGCUGAUGAGAUCAACAGUAAAGUCUUCAGUUUCCCUGGGUGGAUUGCUGAAGUUUUGUGAGCAGUAUUACUCUCAUGACCCCAUCAUGUCGGGGUGCCUUCCCAGUAACCCCUGGAUAACAGAUGACACCAUGUUCUGGGAGCUGAAUGCUAAACUUGUGGAGUUGCCCACGAAGCUGCGGGUGGAACGCUGGGGCUUUAAUUUCAGUGAACUGAUUCGAGACCCCAAGGGCCGACAGAGCUUCCAGCUUUUCCUCAAGAAGGAAUUCAGUGGGGAGAACAUGAGCUUCUGGGAGGCCUGCGAGGACCUGAAGUAUGGAGAUCAGUCCAAGGUCAAGGAGAAGGCAGAAGAGAUUUACAAGCUCUUCCUGGCCCCAGGGGCGAGACGCUGGAUUAACAUUGAUGGGAAAACAAUGGACAUCACGGUUAAAGGCUUGAAACAUCCUCACCGAUACGUCCUGGAUGCAGCCCAGACCCACAUUUACAUGCUGAUGAAAAAGGAUUCUUAUGCGAGGUACCUGAAGUCUCCCAUCUACAAGGAAAUCCUUGCUAAGGUCGUCGUCCCACAGGAGACCAAAAAGAGUAAUUUCCCCUUAAUGCGUCGCCAUCGGAGAUCCAGUCCCAGCCCAGUGAUCCUCAGGCAGCUGGAGGAGGAGGCCCGAGCAAAGGAGGCAGCAAACACUGUGGAUAUUACUCAGUUGUGCCAUUACACUGCUCCGAUCCCUCACCUGACUGUCUACACCGGCACCUGCACCCCUCCCUCCCCAAACAGCCUGUUCCUCCCCUGCCACCCUCUGGGGGACCUCUGCACGCCUUCUCCUGGACACUUUACAAUGCCAAACACAGCUGCCUGCCCCUCCCCCAUUAGCGUUGCUAUAGAGAGCACCCCGGGCGUGGAAAGGAAAUGGGAGACAAACAGCGCUAAUGAGAACCAGUUUGCGUCUCCUGCUGAUAAUGCAGAGGGUUCUUUUGGAUCAGACGGAGGCACCGAUCGCAACCAUCUCUCUAUCCCCUCAGAACUCAGACCGACCCAAAAAUCCAAGGUCACCUUAUCCUUCAGCAGGUUGUUAAAGAAGGGGUGCUCCAAUUCCCCUGUAUUCGCCACCCUGUCCCCCAAGUGCCCUGCGGUGAAUCACGGGAAAGUGCAGCCACUCAAUGACAUUGACCAGGAACUGCAGCAAUCCUCCCGAAAGGUCUCAAAUUUUUUCCAGAUAAAGGUGGAUAUCCCAUCCGAGUGCCGGAUUUGCCCCUUAGAUUCAGAAGAGGAGGACAGCCAACUCGCUUGCAAGGAUUCCAUCCAGGAAGUUAUCUGCCCAUGGGAGAACAUGACAGAAGAAAACAAGGUGGGGUAAGGGCUGGAGGGGCCCCUGCUACCAACUCUUUCCUGGGGACAGAUGAGACUGUUCAACAAACUGAGAUCCAGGAAUCUCUAUAAAAUCAAUGAAGUGCAUUAGGAUCUAUAUAGAAUCCAGAAAUCAGUAACCAGUUCACUGCCAGACAAGUAUGGGAAACUCCUGAUUAAGCACAGAAGUACUGACCAAUACAAACCUACCUGGAAUCCCUUGCAACUCAGAACCUGAACUGCGCACCCCACUGGUAGUAAAUGGGUUAAGCAGUGUUGUUGCCAGGCACAGGGGGCAUCCUUUGCUUUUGUUCAUUUCCCAUUUGUCCCUUUUUUUUGGGGGGGGGUGUCACACUGAAUCAGAUUGUCCAUUUUGGAGGUACAAGGUGACCCCCAGGGCCAAACACUGCCCCCCAUAAUGACCUUUGUAUCACAUGAUCACUUGUAUGCCAUGUAGUGUCCUAAAACUUGUCAUAUACUGAAUAAUGCACCUCCUGCCCCUAUGUCAGAUUGGGGUCACCCAAAUCUGGAACAAAUAUGCAGAUAAAUUGCCUUUACUCGGACCAAAUACUCAUAGUUUUUAUGAGUGAUUGUAGACAUAGAAUUGUGCCAUCAUCCUACUCAAAGAAAGGCCGUAGGAAAUAACAGUGGGGGCAAAAACACACAUACCUGCACCUCUAUAAAUGGAGAGUGAGGCUUGGCACCAGUGUGGGGCAGUUAAACUGGAAUUAUGGGGUAAAAAAUAGUGAUGCAUUGUGGUUGAAGUGGAAGAAAAACAUGGCAGACUGUUCUUAUUUUUGCACUUUGCCUUUCUUAGUCGAACGAGGCCUAAGGGGUCAUUUACGAACACACCGACAUUUUAAUGCAACUCAUUACAUCCGUCCUGUGCUCAGUAAAACUGGGGUACCCCUUCCCUACACCUGCUGGUAGCUCCAGUGCUAAUCCAAUGGAUCAGUGAACAUGCGCUCCAGAAGUGACACAUCUGGACAAGACUUGGGUAAAAAUGCUGCAUUAUAUAUACAAAAAACAUGACAUUUUUAAAAUGUCCACUUUGUAAAUGAUUCCAUAAAUGAGUUCUGCUGGAGUUGACGUUCCUCAGAUUCAGGGUCAGACUGACCAACCAAAGCAUUUCCAAGUAGCCGUCACCCAGGACAGGACAUUUCCCAUCAGCCUUUUUUUUUAUUCUAAUCUAUGUCUAUAUGUAAGCACUGUGAGAAUGAUCCCUCCAUGUCAUGUUCUCUGGAUGCACAUUCCAACACUCCUCAGUUCUGUGUGCAGAUAUUUUUCCCAUGAUCCCCUGUAUAACUUCCCUUUAUCUGUAAAACAGAAAGUCAGAUGCCUUAUUGUUGGGAAAAUUUCCUUGAAUAAAAACACAAGAGAAACCCUAUAAA